GACCAUCUGCACGUGCCCCGGCUGGGUGCCCGGGAAGCUGCUCACACGUUUGCCUGCUUUGUGAUGUUUUCACCGAUUCACGACCACGGUCCAUUGGGCGCCGUUGAACUGGACUGCCCUUACACCUGUCGAUGGACCCCGUGGAGGCUAUUUUGUGUGUUUUGUGUUCUCUUGUAUUUGGGGUGCUGGUUGGCCGCUGUUACUUUUUUCCUUUGUCUUUUAGCUUUGAUGGGCUUUGAUGGCUUUUAUCUUGAGCACUUUCUGACUUUCUUUGUGGCCCCGUUGUGUGGCAGCCUUGUGAGAGUUAUUGAGUUGCGCUCAUGCCAUCUGUGUGUCUUUUGUAUACCCACUCUUUGGUGUGGAUACUAUACUGCUGGGGCCUGAAUUUCCCCACCACUGGGGAUCAAUAAAUAUUCAAUCAAUCAAUCAAUCAAUCAAUCAAUUCCGUGGGCUGGAAGAGCAAAUGUACCUCGCUGGUAAAUAAUAACACGGCAAGUGUACCUCCAAGUACAUGUUUCAAGUACAGUGCAGUACUAGUAACACUAUUUGGCCCAACUAGUAGACGCUAGCUGACCCUCUUGUAGUACCAAAUUGCCCAUUGGUAGUUAUGCAACUAAGGCAUUAGUUGUGUAAAAAAAAAAAACAUACGAGUAAGAUACAGUACUAGUAUGUACAAGUAUGUGGCCCAAAUGUUUUCUCAUCUUUUCCAAGUGAGAAAGGGCCUGUUGUGCUCCUCAUGGUGGGAGCUGUCUUGUUCCUCCACAGAAGCGCCAAUAACAAAGGAGCUCCUUGAAGGCCGUCCAAUCGACAGUGAGACGCUUAGCCUAAAGCCACAAAGUGUGACAGCCAUCGAAGCGUGCACAUUUUCUAAUUAAUACAGAGCUGCGCAUUGUGACCAUGUGUAGGUUGGGGCGUCGCCAAGUGUACAUACACUGCGUAGUUAAUAUCUUGUCCUGAACUCUUCCUAAUGUUUCUUUGAUGGCGUCAUGGACAGGCUCUUUUGGGGUUACAAACAGCAGGCAAGGAACUAGUUUGCUCGGCAAAGUAAGCCUGAGUAGCAACAUGAAACUCACUCAGCAUUACCAACUAUAAUGAACUUGUGACAUUCUUCACACUUUGUCACACACUGUAACAAAUGGCUGUGAGAUCCACAGUUGUUUACUGUAUUUAACACAGUAACCUUACUGUGAAUAACUAUUACAGUAAGUCGCUGUAAAUGUUACAGUUAGACAGCGUAAACAUGACAAAAUCACAGUAGUUUAAGUAUUACAGUGAAAAACAAAGUAGUCGAAGCAGUACUGUAAAAAAAAUCACAAUAGCCAGUAUGGUACUGUAAAUAGAAAAGUAACUUACUAUAUUUUCAUUGUCAAUGUCGUUGAUGAAUGUAUUUUCUCUAUAUAUAUAUGUAUGUAUGUGUGUGUGUGUAUACAGAUAUAUAUUAGAUAUAAAAUAUCUCAUAAUAAAAUCAAUGAUUAUCGUAUAAUUAUUAUAUAAUCAUUGACUUUUAACUCCAUGACACACCAUGGCAUUGCCUUAUUAUCAACUUUACGUUUUUUUCUCUUUUCUUUUUUACUGGGGGAGAUGGGCUGACAUGGGGUGACAUGAAUUUAACCAAUGAGAAUCAAGAGAGUUCAACGAUUUUGAUUGGUCAAUCACAUCAAAGUAAACGGGACAAAUCGCGAUCAUAGCGGUUGCACGCACCUCUAGCUCCGACAAAAUUUCCGACACAAGGCUUUGUGUUUUGCGGUGGUUUUUUUGUGUGUUUCUAUGUGUUUUCGUCGUCUGUGUUAAAUUGUUUUAGUUUGGCAGCGAAAAGGCACCGAGAGAGCGCCGUUUUUCGGUCUCGAGAGAGAGGGCAGACAGAGCUAGCUGCUGGUUACUUAUCUCUUAGCUAGCUUGAGAUAGUAGUCACUUUAACGGACAAGAUUCUCUUUUUCCCCCCCAAACCUUACUGAAGGACUAGGAGUGUCAGUACGACGGUCGGUAUUGUAUUGUUAUUUUAUAUUUUUCUGCUGCGCGCGCGAGAAGAGAAUUUUCCCGCCUGUUUUCCACCUUCUGCCUCCGUGUGGGUUUUUCUUCUGGCGGCGGCUCCACUACCAAGCACACGCCUCGACGUCCAGAAACUAAAAGCAGCAACAAUGGGGAGCAAACCGGGCCCAGUUCAGAUAGUGACGGUGUGCAAGGAGGAUCACUCCUUUACGCUGGACGAGGAAGCGCUCGAGCGCAUCCUCUUGACCCCGACCGUGCGAGACAAAAAUGUGGUGGUGCUUUCGGUGGCCGGCGCCUUCAGGAAGGGCAAGAGCUUCCUGCUCGACUUCAUGUUGCGAUACAUGUACAGAAAGGGUGACGAAAACUGGCUGGGUAACGACGACGAGCCCCUGACGGGAUUCUCCUGGCGAGGUGGCUCGGAACCGGAGACGACCGGCAUCCAGAUCUGGAGCGAGGUCUUCCCCAUCCAGAAAAGUGAUGGAAGCGAGGUGGCAGUAAUGCUUAUGGACACUCAGGGAGCUUUUGAUAACCAGUCCACAGUGAAAGACUGUGCCGCCAUCUUUGCCCUCAGCACCAUGACCAGCUCCAUUCAGAUUUACAAUUUGUCCCAGAACAUCCAAGAAAAUGACCUGCAGCAGCUACAGCUUUUCACCGAGUACGGCCGGCUGGCCUUGGAUGAAAUCCGCCUGAAGCCUUUCCAGUCCUUGAUGUUCCUCAUCCGCGACUGGAGCUUCCCCUACGAGUACACGUACGGCUUUAAAGGAGGCAACGAAUUCCUGGAGAAACGAUUACACGUCAAGGAGGCCCAGCAUGAGGAGCUGCAAACGGUGAGGGAGCACAUCCACUCCUGCUUCACCAACAUUUCCUGCUUCCUGCUGCCACACCCUGGUUUGAGAGUUGCCACCAGCCCGACUUUUGAAGGACAACUUAAUGCGGUGGCACCAGAGUUCAAAGAGCAGCUGAAGAUUUUGAUCCCCGAUCUCCUGCAUCCCGACAACCUGGCCGAGAAGGAGAUCAAUGGAAACAAAGUCACCUGCAGAGGCCUGCUGGAGUACUUCAAGGUAACUCGCCUCUCGUGUUUGUGCCUCCGUGGGUCUCUUUUGGCGUUUCUCUUGUGUUUGGUUCACUGCCAAACUUAGUGCUCCGAGUGGAAAAGCACUAUAGUAAACUCGAUGAUUUUCCUUAAUUUAAGUAAUGUAUUUCUCAUUCAGUUCCCAUUUUUGGGUUUUUAGGCAAAUCUUUUUUGCGUGCAUGCUGACUUGUCAAAAUGUCCUUUUUUUUUUUUUUCUAGGUAAUAUUUUCCAUUUUUACCAUUUUUUAUUUUUUUUUUAUCUCAAUUUUUAAAAUAUUUUUAGCGUGAUGCCUCUCUGCAGCCCCCGAGAAUGAGUCAUAGAGAAAUUAAAUGAUAUUAUAAAGCUAAUAUAAAACCUAGGGGUACAGCAGUUUAAAGACUGAGAUAAAAUAUGCUCCUCUUUGUCUCUCAGAUGUGUGGCGGAGACCUGCCUUAUGUGUCUCCUGAGUAGGGUUGCAAAGGGGUGGAAAAUUUCCGGUAAAUUUCCGGAAAGUUUCCGGUAAAUUUCCAUGGGAAGUUAAGCUCGGGAAUUUUGGAAAUAUUCCAAAUUGGAAACUUUCCAUGGGAAUUAUGGGAAUUUAUGGGAAUUUAUGGGAAUUUAAUGGGAAUUUAUGGGAAUUGAGGGUAAUUUAGUGGAAAGGUAUCAUAUCUAAGCAAAAAUAAUUGUUUAGUUAUAAGCAAAAUAAUACAAUUAAAGCAGAUACAAUUAAAACAGAUUUAUUUAUAAGUUGAACAAUCAAACAGAACAAACACAUGAACGUGGAGUUAAAUUUUACUCAAAAAUGAACACAAAUGCCUCCCCCUAAUCCAAAAAUCCAAACAAAGUCCCAUUCAAAAUGUUAAAUAAAUCUCUCCAAAAAAGUCCCAAUCCACAUGCACAUAAAAAAAAGUCAGCUUCCCUAGAGCUUCUCAAGCUUCUAAUUUUCUUGCUAAACCCUUUCAGGCAGUAGGCAUUCGUGGGUCUCAACAUCCUGCAUGUCCACUUCCUCAACAUCGGACUCUAACUCUUCCUCUUCAGAGUCACUGUCCAGCCUUGUGGAGGAUGGCUCUUUGUCAGGCUCAAAGAGCCUCAGGUUAGCCCGAAUAGCAACCAAUUUUUCCACUCUCAGAUUUGUGAGCCUGUUGCGCACCUUUGUGUGUGUGUGUGUUCCCAAACAUGGACCAGUUUCGCUCUGAGGCAGCUGAUGAUGGUGGGAUCUGGAGUAUGAUGGAGGCUAUAGGUGCAAGAGCCUCCGAUCCACAAAGUCCCUUCCACCAGGUGGCUGCAGAUAUAUGCUGGCAUGACUGCCAGAUUGCAUCCCCUUCCCAAAGGCCUUGCUUUGUUCUGUACUUUGCCAAACUGCCAAGUACUUUGCCUUUAUCAAGGCCCAGGUGGUCUGACAAGGCUGUAAUAACGGUGUAAGCACUGCUCAUCUCUUCCCCAGAGAGUAAAUCCCUGUCAUAUUUUGGGUCCAGCAUGUAUGCUGCUGCAUGCAACGGCUUCAUGCAGAACUCCCUGCGCUUUUCUAGCAACUUCACAACAGCAGUUUCCUCUGCUUUAAGCAGUAGGGAAGUGGGCAGGACUGUCUGGAUGUCUUCUUUGAGGUCUGCAAAAAGACACUGGACAUCUGAUAAGAUGGCACCAUCACCCUCUAUCUUGGCUAUUGCUGCUGCAAUUGGUUUGAGGAUUCCCAGACUGCUGGACAAUCUUUCCCAAAACACAUCAUCUAACAUGACUUUCUUUAUGUCACUUUCGAUGCCUGCAGUCUGGGAUAUGGCCAUCUCUUGCAGGGACUCCUUUCCAUCCAAAAGACUGUCAUACAUGAUGACAACGCCACCCCAUCGUGUGAUGCUGGGGAGCUUCAGCGUGGUAUUUUUGUUUUUUUCCUUUUGCUUUGACAGAUAAGUUGCUGAAGCUACUUGUUUGCCCUUCACAUACUUGACAACUUGCUUCACUCGCUUGUAUAGAGUGUCCAUUGUCUUCAGUGCCAUUAUGUCUUUAAGGAGAAGAUUGAGAGCAUGGGCAGCACAGCCAAUGGUUGUUAUAUGAGGGAAGGUCUCCUCCACGUGUUCCCAGGCAACCUUCAUAUUUGCCGCAUUAUCAGUCACAAGUGCAAAAACCUUCUCUGGUCCAAGAUCAUUGAUGACCACUUUCAGCUGAUCAGCAAUGUAGAUGCCUGUGUGUCUGUUGUCCUUUGUGUCUACACUCUUGAAGAAUACAGGUUUAGGAGUGGUGACAAUGUAGUUGAUGAUACCCUGUCCACGGAUAUUUGACCAUCCAUCUGAGAUGACUGAAAUACAGUCUGCUUUGUCAAUAGUUUCCUUGACUUUUGUCUGCACCCUGCCAAACUCUUCAUCCAGCAAAUGAGUGGAUAGCGCAUGUCUGGUUGGGGGGGUGUAUGCUGGCCGGAGAACAUUCAAAAAUCUCUUCCAGUACACAUUGGCCGUUAGCAUCAGGGGUGAGCCAGUUGCAUAGACUGCACGAGCGCUACACUCAUCUGCACGUCUCUUGCUUUGUUCAUCCAUAUGAUCAAAGAAUCCUCUGAUGCCAGAGGGACCAGGAGCUGAUGAGAGGGUAUCUGACUCUGAUGCGGCUGAUGCAGAUUUAUUUUCAUCUGUAGUGGAACUCCCAUCUAUUGCACGUGUUGAGCCUUGAGGAAAUUUGUUGCACUUUGCAAUAUGCUGCUGCAUUUUUGUGGCAUUUUUUGUGUAUGCCUUUUCACAAUAUUUGCAGAUAUACAAAGACUUUCCUUGCAAAUUAGCUUGUGUGAAAUGUCUCCACACAUCGGAUGGCGCACGUGGCAUUUUUCUCUCUUUGAUGUCCCUGAGCUGUUGAAGUUAUAUUAAAAUUAUUAAAUUGUUUAUAAUUUAAUAUAAAAAAACAACUAAAUGUUAUUGUUCUUAAUUCUUAACCCACAACUCUGAAAAAAUACAACAAUGUGUCUGUGAAGCUACACAUCCCUGGGGAUGUGUCCAAUGUAUCCUGGUGGAGAUACAACUCAUAAAAAAAAAACAAAGUCAUGUCUCAUUAACACAGCAGUACUAUACAUACAGUAUAUUCAUCGUAGCAAGAU